AAUGGUUUAAAGUAAUGAGGUCUUUGAGUAAUUGAGGAAUUUGAGUUUAUAUUUGUACAGUGAGAUAUGAAUUUAAGUGUUAAGAGGUAACUCUCUGACCCAUUCGGGUCCGGGGAGUUACACCAAGACUCCAAAAAAAUCUGUAGAAGUGGACUGGCGCUAAGAGUUAAAAUAUAUUUAUUUAUAGAGAGAGAACGUCGUACGAGUUUCAAGUUAUUUGACGUCUGCUGAAAUUACUUGUUUUUCAGAGAAGAGUCGUGCUAUGGAGGCUGAGAAUGGCAAAGAACGUAAACCGAUUCUCAUGGCUGUUGUUACAACCCAAUCAUUCACCAAUAACUCUGGAGAGCAACCCCAAGUAGCCCUCGACUGUAAUACACCAGAGAGCAACGACAAUUCAUUGAUCACAACGAAUAAUAUUGGAGUUGCUCAUGAUUUAGGGUUUCCUACUGAUCUCGAUGAUGAGUCAAACAAUUUCAAUAGCAACAGCAAGAUUAAGGAACAAGGAUUUUUUUCCAAGCGUCCCGGGUACAGAUUCCUUCCAACAGAUGAAGAGCUCAUCAUCUUUUACUUGGAGAAGAAAGUAUGGAACCAGCCCCUGCCAAUUAACAAGAUCGUGGAGGUUAACCUAUAUGCAUAUAACCCAGAUUUUCUUGCAGCAAAAUACAAGGAUUAUCAAGAAGAUCAGUUGUACAUUUUCACCCCAAGAGAUCGAAAGUAUCAAAAUGGAAGACGGCCAAAUCGAGCUGCUGGUGAUGGAUAUUGGAAAGCCACCGGAGCUGACAGAAAAAUCAAAUCCAAUGGAACAAUAGUUGGGUAUAGGAAGGCAUUGGUUUUUUAUAUAGGAAAGGCUCCAAAGGGUAAAAAGACCGACUGGAUUAUGCACGAAUUUAGAGUCAAGGAUUCGCCCUGUAGCGAAAGAGGCUCAAAUGGCAUGAGGGUAUGUAGGUUUUCAUCCUUUUACUAAUUAAUAUAUAUGUUCGUUUUAAGACUCUUCAUUCUAUUCUCAAAAACUGACCAUGAUCAGCACUAAAUCUUGUACUAUGCAGUUGGAUGACUGGGU